AUGGCGCGUCAUACGUCUGUCUCGGACGCUAAGGAGAAGAAGAAACGAGUAUGUCAAUUACUCAAAGUAAAUGGAUCUGUAGGCUCCAAGAAGAAACGUCGACGUGAGAAUUCAUGGGACUAUGAAGAUGACGACAAGGACGUGGAAUUUGAAGCUCAAGAUUCGGAGAGUGAAGUCGAAGAAAAACACAAGAAAAAACGCGGUCGACCACGUAAAAAUCAAGUUGAAACGACACAAGAAAAUGAACUUUUACGUACAAAGAAAAAAGGGAGAAAAGAAGUGACGAAAGAGGAAGGACUGAAAGAAGAAGAAGAAGAUCGUGUUUUAUUGGAGAAACACCGGAACCGGGUCCAGCAUAUGGAACAAGAUAGUGGACAAGUGCUAGAGGAAGUACGUGAUUUAGCCAUGGAGGAGAAAAAAAUGCAGGAGAAGCUUAUUGAAAAGCUUAAAAGAGAUAUUACAACACUGUCGAAACAAACAGAGGAAGCACGAAAGAAGAACAGAAAGGAAAUGGAUCGACUCGUGGCUGAAAAGAUGCGCGAGUAUGAAGCUCAAGAGAAGCGUAAAAGUGAGAAAGAUGUGGAGAAAAUAGCGCUGCGUGAACAUAUUAAAGAGCUGGAGUCUCAAUUUGCAUCGUUCAAGAGGAGCACGGGACCCAAUGAUGUCGUGACUGUGAAUCCUGCUGCUGUUUCAGCUGCCUCAGCCAUGCAGAACAGUGAAGCUAUUAUCCAACUCGACCAGGCAAACAAGCUCUUGGAAGUGUACCGCUUAGUGACCAGCACGGACAUUCGCCUCAUUCAAGCGAUAGACGAUGAUGAUCAGGACAGUGACGAUUGCACUGAAAUUGUGUGCACAACUACCGAUUCAGCCACUGGCAACCAGUUCGAAUUCGAGCUGGCCGUCCCUGCCGUCGUCUCGAGUGAAAUUGAGUAUCUUCCUAGCGAGAAACCACCGACUGGCGUUCAAGUACCUUCAUAUCUACGAGAGGAGCUGAGUUUCAGCAGGUCCGAGGUGACCAAAUUCUUUCGAUCAGUUCUCGACGUCAUCAUUAGAAAGAAGAAACUAUAG